AGCGGCUCAGAUGUCCCCCGGCGGCCACUCUGGGCUCCACACCCUUAUCUGCUUCGGGGGCUGGCGCCCCGGCUCUGCCCAGGCCCCUCCUCCAGCCCCAUGCCCCAGCCCUGACCCCGCCGCCCUCCCCCGCGGGGGGCUCGCCCCGUGCCCCCGCCGGGCACCAUGAACGACCAGUACCACCGGGCGGCCCGGGACGGCUACCUGGAGCUGCUCAAGGAGGCCACCCGGAAGGAGCUGAACGCCCCCGACGAGGAUGGCAUGACCCCCACCCUCUGGGCUGCCUACCACGGCAACCUGGAGUCGCUGCGCCUCAUCGUGAGCCGCGGGGGCGACCCGGACAAGUGUGACAUCUGGGGCAACACGCCCCUGCACCUGGCAGCUUCCAAUGGCCACCUGCACUGUCUGUCCUUCCUGGUGUCCUUCGGGGCCAACAUCUGGUGCCUGGACAAUGACUACCACACGCCACUGGACAUGGCCGCCAUGAAGGGCCACAUGGAAUGCGUGCGCUACCUGGACUCCAUCGCGGCCAAGCAGAGCAGCCUCAACCCCAAGCUGGUCGGCAAACUCAAGGACAAGGCCUUCCGCGAGGCGGAGCGGCGCAUCCGCGAGUGCGCCAAGAUGCAGCGCAAGCACCACGAGCGCAUGGAGCGGCGCUACCGGCGCGAGCUGGCCGAGCGCUCCGACACGCUCAGCUUCUCCAGCCUCACCUCCAGCACCCUGAGCCGCCGGCUGCAGCACCUGGCGCUGGGCAGCCACCUGCCCUACUCGCAGGCCACGCUGCACGGCACCGCCCGCGGUAAGACCAGGAUCCAGCGCAAGCUCGAGCGGCGCAAACAGGGCGGCGAGGGCACCUUCAAGAUCUCCGAGGACGGACGCAAGAGCGUGCGCUCGCUCUCGGGCCUGCAGCUGGGCAGCGACGUGAUGUUCGUGCGCCAGGGCACCUACGCCAACCCCAAGGAGUGGGGCCGCUCCCCGCUCCGGGACAUGUUCCUCUCCGACGAGGACAGCCUCUCCCGUGCCACGCUGGCGGCCGAGCCAGCCCACUCCGAGGUCAGCACCGACUCAGGCCACGACUCCCUGUUUACCCGGCCUGGUCUGGGCACCAUGGUCUUCCGCCGGAACUACCUGAGCAGCGGGUUGCAGGGCCUGGGCCGCGAGGACGGGGGCCUGGACGGGGCGGGCAACCCGCGGGCUCGGCUGCAGAGCCCACCAAGCCUGGACGAUGACAGCCUGGGCAGUGCCAACAGCCUGCAGGAGCGCAGCUGCGCGGAGGAGCUGCCCUGGGACGAGGUGGACUUGGGCUUGGACGAGGACCUGGAGCCCGAGACCAGCCCACUGGAGACCUUCCUAGCGUCGCUGCACAUGGAAGACUUCACGGCCCUCCUGCGCCAGGAAAAGAUCGACCUGGAAGCGUUGAUGUUGUGCUCUGACCUGGACCUUCGGAGCAUCAGCAUCCCGCUGGGGCCACGCAAGAAGAUCAUGGGGGCAGUGCGCAGGCGGCGGCAGGCGCUGGAGCGCCCACCCGCUCUGGACGACACGGAGCUGUGA